CCCAAAAUACAGAGGCGAAGCGGCGGGGAAGGAGCUGCGCCUGCCGGACUCUGGGGAGGCUCACCUCUCAGUGGGACAGGAUGUGCUCCAUGGCGCUGGCCGGCUCCGCUUCUCCUUCCUGCAGCAGCGAACGUCUGGAGGCAGCAGGAGCGUCCGGCAGAUAGAGGUUCAGUUUGAAGAGAAGCAGCAGGUCCCAUGGAGGAGGGCGCGGUGAGCCGGGCGCUGGCCGGGUUCAGGGCCACGCUGGACGCCGCCGUCAGGGAGGUCCACGUGGACGUCAGUGCCUUCAAGCAGCAGGUGGAGCACCGCAUGGACGAGCUGCGGGCGUCCAGCCGGCCGCUGAGCGACGCCGUGGCCCGGCUGCAGGAGGAGAACCUGCAGCUGCGGACCCGGCUGGACGCCCUGAGCCGCGCCGUGGGGGAGCUGGCCGGGGCCCAAGGCCCAGAGAACGGCCACGACGAGGCUGGGCCGCCGGACUGGGCCGCACCAGAGCCCAGCUGGGGCGGGUCUGGACACGCUGAGGCGCCGGGACUGGGCAGCGACAACCCGGGUCCGGCUCCCUGGAGACUGAAGAGACACGCAGACACAAACGGCAUGAAUGCUAAAGGAGGCAGGAGUAACUGUGAAGAAGCCGCGGCUGACCAGGACAAAGAGACUGAAGCAGGAGUUGCGUCUGAAAGCUGCGAUGAAGCCACGCCCCUUUCUCACCUGGCCUCGGAAACCCCCAGCUCACCUGGUCAGUUCGUGUUUCUUCAUCCUCCUGCUGCAGACCAGGAAGAGUCGGGUCCGUUGACCAAACCGCAUCUUCCUCUCAGUGCAACGACAAAACCCAACUCGGAUGCUCCAGUGAGCAUGCCGUCUCCCACUGCUGUGGCCAAAACCAGCAAGGAAUCCCAGUCUAAACCAGUGGAGUCGGCUGUAAUCAGCGACUCUCAUGAGCCGCAGCCCCACCUGCCUGUCACAGCCAUGACCACCAAACCCGGCCUGGAGGGAUUCCUCGGUGCCAAACCCGUUUACUCUCCGGCUUCAGGGCGGAAAGCCGCAGCGGAUCAUUUAUUUAUCGGAGGCGCGAAGGAUCCGAUCGCCCAGAAUCCCCGGGAUCAGUCCGACCCUGAGGCUUCGUCCCAUCUUCCCAUCGCUGCUGCCACCAGAAUCCCGUCAGACGUUUCCGCAGCGCCUAAAUCCUGUCAGACCGCCGCGUCUCGCCUCAAUCCUACAGCGCAGGAAACGCCAGCGGCGCCGCAGCAAGCGGAUCCUCCAGUCAGACACGACGUUAACGAACCCAAACACCACCUGCCGCUUUCCGCCAUGACCAAGCCAAACACAGAGUCGGCCAUUUCUGCUCCGUCUCAGUCUCUGUCAGCAUCACUGGACCACACAGUGAAACCAGGGGAAUAUCCCUUUAAACGAGUGCCGGUCCUGAAGACGCCCAGUCCCAGUUUAAAACGGAGCGUGAGUUUUCCUCAGCCUGCAGAAAAACUACUUCCCUCCAAAUCCUUCAUGAAGUCCGGACUCUCACCCAAACUGGACCUCAGGUCGAACAAGUCUGGAGGUAUCGAGUUUAAACCGGAGGUGAUGAAAUCCCAAACCCUUCCGCGCUCCAAUGGCGCCCAAGCCAAACGGGCCCUGUUUGAGCGGAUGAACUCUGACCCCAUAAAGCCGAAGGACUCCAAGCCCAAACUGAAGCGCUCCCAGAGCUUCGGCGUGUCGAGCGCCAGCGGGAUAAAGCAGAUCCUUCUGGAGUGGUGUCGCUCCAAAACCAUCGGCUACAAGAACAUAGACAUCCAGAACUUCUCCUCCAGCUGGAGCGACGGCAUGGCUUUCUGCGCCCUGGUCCACUCUUUCUUCCCAUUGGAGUUUGACUACAACGCUCUGAAUCCGGCGAACCGCAGACAGAACCUGCAGACGGCCUUCACUAUAGCGGAGCAGCAGGCGGACUGUCUGCGGCUGAUUGAGGUGGACGACAUGCUGGACAUGGGGGACAAGCCGGACCCCAUGUGUGUGUUCACCUACGUUCAGUCGCUCUACAACCACCUGAAGAAGUUUGAGUAGCUCUGGCUAGUUUCACGCAGAGUGAGUGUGUUCACCAGCUAACUGAGUGUGUGUCAGGGUGAGUGUGUGUGUGUGUAGCGGGUCCUGCGAUCUGAAGAUGAAUACCGGAUGGGAGAGAGGACGUCGCCAUCUGCUGGUGGAGCAAAGGAACGUUGCCCACCUGUUGUAGUUGAAAUUAGUUGGUUAACUUGGUUAACCAACUAACCAAGGCUUGUUGGCUAACCUGGCUUGUUGGUUAACAACACGCCAGUAAACACAUUUCUGUAAAUGACUUUUUACAUGAGCUCCUGCUCAGUAAGUACACAUCACAUUAUUGCCAAGCUUGUUCAUUUCAGAAAAGGUUCUUUUUAACAUUUACAAUCCAUAAACUGGAGCUUAUGUGCUGGAGUCGAAGCCUCACUACAGAAAGUUUUCAUCUUUUUGGUGGAGUUGUAUUCCAAACGAACUCUGGUUUGAAGUGCUUCACUGAGGCGAGGAAAGUCAAGGUGGUUGCCAUGGUUACCGCCUUGUCUGGAAUAAGGUUGAGAAUGAGAAAAGAGGAGUUUUUCUGUUUCCCAAUGUAUAAACGUAGUUUCCUUCCUUCCUUUUUCCUUCUUCCUUCAUUCUAGCUUUCCAUCUAUUCUUCUUUUUCUUCCUGUCAUCUUUCCUUCAUUUCUUUCUUCUACCCUUCCUUUGGUUUCCUCCUCGUGCCCUACAUAUCUUCCUUCUUUGUGCUCCUUUCUUCCUUCCUCCUUCCUUCUUUCCUUCUUUGCAUACUUCUUUCCACCAUUUCUUCCUUCUGUUUCCUUCCUUUCCUCCGUCUAUCCUUCCCUGUGUCAUCUUUCUUUCUUUCUUUGUGUACUUCACACACUUCCUUCCUUUCUUUUCUUCUUGUCUCUUUUUAUUCUGUUUCCUUUCCCUCCUGUCGUUGUGUCCUCUCCUCCUUCUAUCUCUCCUACCUUGUGUCCUUCCUUCCUGUUCCCUGCUGUAGAAAUAUCUGCCAUAGAUUAACACUGAAGUUUCUUUAUUUUAUAUUUUAGAAAGAAAGUUAAGGACGGGGAACUCUGGAAAAGUCUGGAACUUUUACAUGGAAAUGUGUAGCUGCCUGGGUUUUAAUCUAAUUAAAGUCUGUGUACUAUGAAAAGAAAUAAAAUAAACAGAAAACACAUAAAAUCA